CCACAACCCCCUCUACCCCUACUACAAGGGCGGCGCCAACAUAGGUAAAGAACGGUGGCCUCUACAACCGCCUCGGACGCGGAUACCCCGACGUCGCCGCGAACGGCGAUAAUAUCGCCAUGUACAAGGCCGGCCAGUAUAUCCUCGAGGGCGGCACGAGUGCGAGUAGGUACCCCGAUAUCGCCUCGGUGAUCAACCGUAUCAUCGAGAAACGCAUCGCUGCUGGAAAGGGGGCGGUGGGUUUCUUGAACCCCGUGCUUUACAGGCAUGCCGAUGUGUUGAAUGAUAUUACUAAUAAGACCAAUCCUGGCUGUGGGACUGAUGGGUUUGCCACGGCUGCUGGAUGGGAUCCGGUAACGGGCCUGGGCACGCCGAAUUUCCCGAAAUUGUUGAAUUUGUUUUUGAGUUUGCCCUGA